GUGCGAAAUAAGCGGCACUAGGAAAGGCGCGGAUUUCACUACUUGCGUUACAGAAUGGCAAGUGAUUUCAAGGGACACUAAAAGAAAAAUAAUUCAGUUCUAAGUGUUGGCUAGGUCGUCAUCGAGAAUUAAUUAUUUGGGGAACAGACCUUGGUUGAAACUACCCUCCAUCGAAGGUAACCAGUUUCACUGCGUUCACAAUACCUAACUACAACAAGUAGAAAUAAAAAAAAUGUUCGCUGGACUACAACCUCAUAAUUAUCGAAAUCUAGAAUUUACUCAUUAUAAAGUGACCAGAAAAGUCCAACACUUACCGACCGUAAGACUGUCACGACCUGUAAAAACGGCGGACAAGAUUUCCUGGGAAUCCACUUGGCGCAUUCAAACAAGUCUAUUGCUUCUGGAUGCCGGAGGUGUAAAAGUGAAGACAUUUGGCUUUUAGUUACAAUAUUCAUCAAAAUUAUGAAUCUCUGAUGUGGAAUGGUAUUAACAUGCAUGAAUCAUACCGUUCUGGAAUUGUCAAUGAUGUACAAUAAGUAAACAAUUUGUGCAUACAUUCCCUCAUAAACUUUUCAUCAUUAUCUCGAGCAAAGAAUGCAAACUGUUGCCAUGGAAGUAUUAGCUUCAAACUUUAUUUUUCUCCAGCAUUUUGGUAACAAUAAUUCUUCUAAUCAAUUAUUUAUGGUAUGAUUGAAUUCAAUAAUAUCAACUAUUGAUUUAGGAGCACUUUCUCAUUGGGAAAACACUUUCUGUGCAUUCUGAUAUUUCGAAUAGAAAAUAUUAAAAAAAUGUAAACGUAAGCGUUUGUUUGAACCAGUUUCAAAAGAUGAACUUGAAAAUGCAUAUACUCAAUUUUUAUUUGGUUUAUCCCAAGAGUUUGCUCGUGCUCCAAUUCGUUUAUCAAGGGGUGUUAUUGAAGGUGAUUAUAUUCGCCUUACCAAAAUAUGCGGAAAAUAUUUUCGUAUAAUGGGUUUUUCUACUGAUGGAUCAUCUUAUCUUCAUCCUGAAGAAGCUUUAUUUCUUACUGAAUGCAAUAAACUUCAAAUAACUUAUGAAAAUCUUCCACUCAGUAUUCAACAACUUUAUGAUCAACUUUUAAAUAAUGAAACAUACUUACACUAUAUAGUUUACUGCAGAUUGUCACGACUAAAUUUUAGCCUUCGAAAACGUGAAAUCUUUUAUUCCUUUCCUAUUUAUCAUAAUCCAACAGAGAGACUGUUUAAAAUUCCCAAAUCAAUAUCCAUACCACUUGGAAUUCAACCAGUUUUUGACAUAGAAGUUAUUAACAAGACUAAAAUCAAAGAUUUUCAACCUCUUAUUAAUACGAAUAAGAUUCAUUCACUUGCUAGUCUUAUGAAUAGUUUACAAAAAAUUGUAAUGGUGACUAAUGCUGAUUCUAUAGGAUCAAAGGGAGAUUUAAACCUAGUCUAUGAUAUGUAUGGAAACAAUCAUACAGAAAAAGAACGUAUCAACAAUUUUUCGAAACGCUUCCCUGCCCAUCCUGAUUAUGUUAUAUCAAUUGCAUCUCCAGAACAAGUUUGUCCAGAUGUUGAAGCUCAAAAAUUGAUAAAUGUUGGUUUAGAGCCUAAUACAUCUAUUAUAUUGUGUAUGGUCGAUGGAUGUGAUGUUUCUUUCUAUACGAUGAAUCACUUUGAGAUACCAAAUCUCAGUUUUGAAAUAACUCACCACUCAAAUACACAAUCUUUGUAAGUAUGAUGUAAAUAAAUGACUUUUAUUUUUAUCCUCACUUCUUAUUACUGGAUUGUUUAAAUUGUGUUGAAAUUUUGAAAAUAAGGAACAUCCUUACAUUUUGACAUUACUUUUAGUUUACAGUAUGCUCAGUAAACUUUCUAAAUGGAUUCAUUUACGAAGAAAAUGGAUAUGAAUGGUUAUUCUUAGAUCGAGUAAUUUAUUCUUCGCAUUACGACAAGUCGAAGAAUUCAAAUUAUUUCAGAUACUAAAUUUGUACGAUGAAAAAGAUUAUUUAACGUAUAUGUUGUGGUAAUAUACUUGUAUGAUUAUGAACGACGUCUAGAUUAUGGAUAUUGUGUUAAUUAGGUGUUUUCCCAACGUACAGUCACUCGCGGGAAGCUUUAAAAAGU